AUGGCUUCCUCGUCUUCCAAUAACAAUUAUGAGGAAUCUGAAAACGACCCCUUUGAUCAAUUUUUCGAGCAAGCCUAUACACAAAAUUUUGAUCAAGCUUUUAAUCAAAUUUAUGAUCAAACGUAUGAAAAUCUCUACAAUGCUUAUGUUGCUCAGCAGGAGACAAACAAUCCAAGGAAGAAAAGAGCUUAUAUUGAAAGAAAUCGGGAAGAUGGCCACAACCGGUUGUGGAAUGAUUAUUUCGCAGAAAAUGCAACAUAUACCGAUAAUCUCUUCCGCCGGCGUUUUAGAAUGAACAAGCCAUUGUUCAUGCAAAUUGUUGAGAGGCUUAGCAAUGAAAUUCCCUAUUUUCAACAGAGGAAUGAUGCUUCCGGAAGACCUGGUCUCUCAGCACUUCAGAAGUGUACAGAAGCUAUCCGUCUCUUGGCGUAUGGUACUGCUUUUGAUACGGUUGAUGAGUAUCUCCGUCUAGGUGCAACUACGGCUCGUAAAUGUUUGGAACAUUUUGUAGAAGGAGUAAUUUUUCUGUUUGGGGAUGAGUAUCUAAGACGACCCACUCCAGAAGAUCUUCGAAGACUACUUGUUGUUGGAGAGUCGAGAGGGUUUCCCGGGAUGAUAGGAAGCAUUGAUUGCAUGCAUUGGGAAUGGAAGAAUUGUCCCACGGCUUGGAAAGGACAAUAUACUCGUGGUUCUGGCAAACCCACCAUCGUUUUAGAGGCUGUAGCCUCAUAUGAUCUCUGGAUAUGGCAUGCAUUUUUCGGACCUCCAGGUACUCUAAACGAUUUAAAUGUUCUUGAACACUCACCGGUUUUUGAUGAUAUCAUCAACGGUCACGCUCCAAAAGUAAUUUUUUCUGUCAACGGAAGGGAGUACCAUAUGGCUUACUAUCUCACAGAUGGAAUUUAUCCAAACUGGGCUACAUUUAUUCAAUCCAUAAAAAUUCCCCAGGGUCAAAAAGCAAAAUGCUUUGCUACCAAUCAAGAAAGCGUUCAGAAAGAUGUGGAGUGUGCUUUUGGAGUACUGCAAGCUCGCUUUGCCAUUAUUAAAAAUCCUGCUUUUUGUUGGGAUAAAGCCAAAAUUGGAAAGAUUAUGAGAGCAUGCAUCAUUCUACACAACAUGAUAGUAGAGGAUGAACGAGAUGGAUUCACGCUACGUAAUGUCUCUGAAUUUCAACAAGGAGAUGAAAACGGAAAUGCACAAGUGGAUCAAGAUUAUUCUACAUACAUGCCUACAAAUAUUGCUAAUAUGUUCGAUGCUCGGAAUAGAAUUCGGGAUAAUCAUAUUCAUGCCCAAUUGAAAAAGGAUUUGGUUGAACACAUAUGGCAAAAAUUUGGAUAA